CCUGUCUGUCACAAGUUCUGGGGGUCCCCUAUCGUGGUGGAUCCUGAGAGGUCUAGGGAAGCGUCCUUGGGAAGCUCCAAGGACACCUCUCUCUAACCUGACUUCCGGUCUGUUUGGAUGCAUGGUGGUAGUUGGUGUUCUUAAGAGAAGUCCAAGGCUGGGUUAUCCUUGGAAGAAGGAAAACCUUUCUGGCCCUUGGACAGGGUGUCCGGGACAGGUAGUACUGCCCGUUAGGGGAAUUACCUCGAAACAUGGGGCAUUUUUUUGAUGGAGGUAAACAUCUGAAGGGAUGCAACCUGCAUUCAGCUGAGCAGCCUGGAAAGCUUCAGGCCCCUCCCUUACAAAGAAUUCCCAAGACAACUUUUGAACCACCCCUGCCCCAGGACCUCACAUAUAUGAAAAGCCUGUUUAUCUGAACCCAGACUUUUUUAACACGUAAACACCAAAUUGUUUUUGCACAUUUUGAGAAAGACUCCAUUUGCCAGGAAUGUACCUACAUGUAAAUGAAAACCGGACUUUGCUUUGUGCAGCACUUUGCCAAGAACCAGAUCAUGAUUUUGGAACAUCAGGUCACCCGCCGUGGCGCAGCUUGUGGUACACCAGUGGCCAGGAAAGCAAUAUCAGUUGGCGUCAUAGCUGCUGCAUCCAGGGCAGCCAAGACAAGCAGCAAGCAGGGCAGCAUGAGCCGAUCAUCCCCCCAUCCCACCCAACUCCAGUCCAUGGGCCCCCAGAAUGCCCCGGUUCCCCUGCUGCUGCCGCCGCCGCUGCCACCACCACCUGAUGUACAAAAUCCCUCCUCUCACCCUUGGGCCUCUCAGUGUGGGCCUCCUCCCUGGGGCCUCAGCUGUCUUCUGGCUCUGCAGCAUAUCUUGGUCCUGGCUUCUCUGCUCUGGGCCUCCCACCUGCUCUUGCUUCCAAGUCUCCCCCCGGGAGAACUCUCGUACUCCCCUGCCCAGCUCUUGGCCUCCAGCCUCUUUUCCUGUGGUGUGUCCACCACCCUGCAAGUCUGGAUAGGCAGCAGGCUCCCUCUUGUCCAGGCUCCAUCCUUAGAGUUCCUUGUCCCUGCUCUGGUGCUGACCAGCCAGAAGCUACCUCUGGCCAUCCAGACACCUGGAAACUCCUCCCUUGUGCUGCGCCUGUGUCGGGGGUCUGGCUGCCAUGGCCUGGGGCUCUGGAACACUUCUCUCAGAGAGGUGUCUGGGGCUGUGGUGGUAUCCGGGCUGCUCCAAGGCACCCUGGGGCUGUUGGGGGGGCCUGGCCACUUGUUCCCCCACUGUGGACCUCUGGUGCUGGCUCCUAGCCUGAUGGUGGCAGGCUUCUCUGCCCACAGGGAGGUGGCCCUCUUCUGCUCUACUCACUGGGGCCUGGCCUUACUGCUUAUCCUGCUCGUGGUGGUCUGUUCUCAGCACCUGGCCUCCUGCCAGUUACCCCCCUGCCGCUGGAGGCCAGCUUCCAACUCUUCCCCUCAAGCUCCCAUUCCCAUCUUCCGGCUCCUCUCGGUGCUGAUGCCGGCGGCCUGUGUGUGGAUCAUUUCUGCCCUUCUGGGUCUGCACAUCAUCCCCCUGGAGCUGUCUGCUUCCCUUGAGGUGCCAUGGGUCUGGCUGCCUCACCCAGCUGAGUGGGACUGGCCCUUGCUGACACCCAGGGCUCUGGCUGCGGGAAUCUCCAUGGCUUUGGCAGCCUCUGCCAGCUCCCUGGGCUGCUAUGCCCUGUGUGGCCGACUGCUACAGUUGCCAUCCCCACCUCCACAUGCCUGCAGUCGCGGGCUGAGCCUGGAGGGUCUGGGCAGCGUGCUGGCUGGGCUGUUGGGGAGCCCUAUGGGCACUGCCUCCAGCUUCCCCAACGUGGGCACAGUGAGUCUUAUCCAGACUGGCUCUCGGAGAGUGGUGUACUUGGUGGGACUGUUCUGCGUGGGGCUUGGGCUCUCCCCGAGGCUGGCCCAGCUCCUCACCGCCAUCCCCCUGCCUGUGCUUGGUGGGGUGCUUGGGGUGACCCAGGCCGUGGUUCUGUCUGCUGGAUUCUCCAGCUUCCACCUGGCUGACAUUGACUCUGGGCGGAAUGUCUUCAUUGUUGGCUUUUCCAUCUUCAUGGCCCUGCUGCUGCCAAGAUGGCUUCGAGAGGCCCCGGUCCUACUGAGUACAGGCUGGAGUCCCUUGGAUGUGUUACUGCGCUCGGUGCUUACAGAGCCCAUCUUCCUGGCGGGAUUCUUGGGCUUCCUUUUAGAGAACACCAUUCCUGGCACAAGGCUUGAGCGAGGCCUAGGUCAAGGGCUGCAAUCUCCUUUCACUGCCCAAGAGGCUCAGCUGCCUCAGAAGUCCAGAGAGAAGGCUGCCAAAGAGUAUGAGCUUCCUUUCCCCACCCAAAACUUGCAUAACUGUAUCCCCCAGCCCCUCCAUUGCCUCUGCCCGCUGCCUGAAGACCAUGGGAAUAAGGAAGGAGGGCCCUCUGAGCCAGGAGAGACAGCUGAUUUGUUGCCUGGCUUUGCGGAGCAGUGUCCUGAGUCUAGCCAAGAUCUUGGGUCCCAGUGAUUACCGAGAGUCCUACUCCUUCCCUGGUUAGUUUACCGUAUCUCCCAGCUUGCUGGAGAGUCAGCUCCCAAGUUCUAAUUUCUCCUGAGAAGAAGGUGUGUGUUUGCGCAUGUGUGUGUGUGUCUAUGAGAAAUGGGCCCACCUGAAGGUCUCAUUUCCCAAUAGGUGUGUUGCCCUUCCUUUUCUUAAUUAGGCCUAAUAACAACAACAAACAUUAAUUAGGCCUAACUGUUCCACGUUCCAGGCAAGGGCCACGGUUUAGUGGGCUGUGAUCGAAUGAAUGAGAUUCUGCAUCUGAACUAUCUAUGGUCAAACCCCAGCCUUCGCUUAACAAAUAUUUAUUGAAGGCCUUCCAUGUGCAAGGUUCUGGAACUACAGAUGCGGAUAACAUAGGGUCCCUGCCCUUUUAGGGAACCUAUCAUUAUAAAGACCUAUGUGAUUACUAACUAAAAUCUAAGGUUAAGGCGGCCUGUAAUAAAAAUUAAAACAAUGUUAUGGAAGCCAAAAGGAAGAAAAAAAAUAUUUUUAAAAGACUUUAUUUAUUUGACAGACAGAGAUCACAAGUAGGCAGAGAGGCAGGCAGAGUGAGAGGGGGAAGCAGGCUCACCGCUGAGCAGGGAGCCGAAUGUGGGGCUAAAUCCCAGGACCCUGGGAUCAUGGCCUGAGGCAGAGGCUUUAACCCACUGAGCCACCGAGGCGCCCCAGAAAAAAUUAAUUCUGAUUGUGGAUAGAGGCAAACACAGGCUUUCUGAAAAAAGCAGCACCAAUCGAGGCCUUGACGGGAGGAGGAUUUUUGCUCCUGUAAAGUGGGCGGCGAGAGUAUUUCAAGCUUAGGUAUCCAGCUGGAGCAAAACCAUAAAUUGUGCAAAGCAGAAAAGGAGUUGAGGGAUUUCAAGUUUUUCUGUGGUGAUGGAGCAUAAAUAUGGGGCUAAAAGGAAGGAGAAAUGAAGACAGGAGAAAGGAUGAGGUCAAACGAUGGGAUUUAUGCAUUUAAGAAGGAUCCUCUCUGAAACGGUUGGAACGCUGGUGAGGACCAGAGAGAUUAUCUAGUAAAGUUCAACCUCCUUAUUUUAUUUAUUUUUAAAAUAUCUAUCUGUCGAUCGAUCUAUUUAUGGUGGGGGGAGGGGCAGAGGGAGAGGGCGCAGCAGACUCCCUGCUGAGCAAGGAUCCGCGGGGCUGGAUCCCAGGAACCUCAGAUCGUGACCUGAGCUGAAGGCGGCCGCCUAACCGACGGAACUAGGCAGGCGCCCCUCAUUAGAUUUAAAACAAAACAAGCGGUUGGACAGGUAAGGGAGGGAAGUGAUCUUAGUUUACUGACAAGUCCAAAUCCAGACAGCCCUCUCCCGAACCUCCUCUGGCAUUCUUUUUACUCCGCCAGCGCGACUUCGAGGGGCGCCCACCACCACCUCAGGUCCUAUAGCAGCCGGCCGCCCAGUCCCGUUCCGGCUCCCCUAGGGCGCGGCGGACCCCCAGCUCUAAGACGUCGAUCCGACCGCUCCGAGGGCCCAGAUGCCCCGCCCACGUUGGGCCCGGGCCCCGCCCCUCUGUCCCGAAAGGCCUCUACCCUAGGCCUUUCGGUUUGCGCGGGCCAGCCCGCCGCGGGGAGGGCUGGAGCUCUCGCGGCCCCUCACGGAGCUGAACAAGCGGCUGACUGCCCCGCCUGCGGCUUUACUCUGUCAUCUGGAUGAGCUGCUCUGCCCGUUGUUGAAGGACACUGCUUGCCCCAGCAAAGUUAGCUUUGUCUGUGACCGUGUGGGCGAGGCACUGAUACUGCGGGUGCGCAGUGAGCUCUCAGGUCUUCCCUUUUAUUGGAAUUUCCACUGCAUCCCAGCUAGCCCUUCGCUGAUCGGUUGAAGACAGAGCCAUUUGAAGAAAAUUCCUUCUUGGAACAAUUUAUGGUAGAGAAGCGUGGGAUAGUUGAAGCUACUGUCCAUUCUGGCUAUAGCUUAGUGGGUCUGGCAGGGAGUCAGGCUCCUCCUGGGAAGGUCCGCGAGCUCAGUUUCUCUGUGGUUUACAGAAGAUGGAGCACAUAUUCGGGCACCGAAUGCAAAACAUCUCCCUGCCUUGUGACCACAGAGACUGCAGCGUUGGAAAUUCUUCCUGAGUUGCUGACAUGGUUGUGCUGUACAUUGCUUCUAUUUUAUGGCACACGUUUAACAAUAUAAACUGUAAUAUAUUAAGGUAAAACAUUGAACAAGCGAAACAGAGUCAGAAGAUACGAGCGACCUGUGUUUGGUUAGCAACGAGGAGGCAAAGGGCUCUCAAGUCAUCCCUGCCUGCUGCUUGCACCGUGAGGGACAGACACUCGUCUCUCCUUUUAAGGUGUAACGGGUAAACAGCGCACCACGGAAGGCUGCAGGAGCUCUCCGGGACCCCCGGCUAUGAAGAAGAUUUUGGCAAAAUCUUUUCAAAUGUUUUUCCUAGUAUUUUUAUCUGAAAUACUUAGAUAUUGUGAUUCCUGGUGGCACAGAUGCAAGGAUUUGGGGGAGGGCUGUUUUCGUGCCCUACUAUAUAGAGAUUGGGUCCAGACUUUUUGUGAUUAUUAUUAUUGAUUGUGAAAGCCAUGAGUAUAAGGAAAAUAUAAAGGAGGGUGAAGACAUCAGAGGUUUGGAACAGAACAAAGUUACCCAGCAUCUGUGAUGUUUGUUCCUUAAAGAAAAAAAAAAGUGGGUUGCCAGAGAUCAGCUUUCAGGGAAAUAGGACUGAUGAGUCCUUUCUCCCUCUUUGUAUCUGGACCUUUGAAGCUGGCGGUGUAGCUACUGGGGCCAGUUUCAGCAAGCUGGCCUCCCUGUUAUCUGUCAGCCAGGGAAGGAUUUAGUCCUCUGCCUGUAGGAGGCUUUUAGCAAGUUCAGGGGCAGAAGCUCAAGUUCCCCUUCUGACCCCUGGCUUUUUCUUCGAGAGACUGCAAUUCAUUGGGUAGUUCGCAGUGGAAAGGUGCAUGGUUAGCUGGAUCGAAUUAAUAAAAAUAAUGACAUAUCUGGGUCAA